UAUUUGUCAGACGUCACUCAGUUUAGUUUCACUCACGCAGCAAAGACCCGUGAGUUGUAAGGGCGCAACAAAUAAAGCAAAACAAUUUCAAUUUUUUAUGUUUUGUAAAAUUAUUACUGUUUGAACGUAGUGAACUAGUUAUUGUUCCCAAAAAAAAUUGUCAAACAAAACAAACAUGGAUACCAGUGCGGAAAAUUUGGACGAAAGCAUGCUGGACGUGAUCCAAAGGGCAGAAGCCUUCAUAACGGCCCACUCGUUCCUGAAUCGUGCAGCAGAACGUUCCGCAAGCAACAUCUUUGACGCCAGCGAUGAUUCAUUCCGCACUGCAUCUGACGAAUCUUCGGCGGCAAACGAUUCCGGUUUGAACACGUCCGCGGGACCAUCCACAAGCGGAGCAAAUAACAGCGCUGAAGAGGAAAGUGCGGCGCAAAAUGGUUGUCCUGCUGCUGACAGAGGCAACAUCGAAGUGCUUAGUGACGAUUCACAGGCUACCGUAACGUACGACCUGCAUGAUCCAUCUGCGGAGGAUCAUUCGCCGUCUGAGGACAAUGACGAUUGCGUGGUUAUCGAGGACCCCCAUCAGGUAGUGGUCGAUCUGUGUUCCCCCUAUCCAGUGGACAUGGUUUCCCCCCGAAGCAGACGAGCGCGACGAAGGAGAGCAGACGCCGCUCCAGUCGUGGAAUCCAUCAGCUUAGACGAUACGGUAGCAGAACCGAUCUCGCCGAAGAAGCGAUUAACCACCACCAUUGCUGCCAAUUUCAUACAACCAUCGUCACAACCUUCGCAAUCAGCUGCGACCCCGGCCGUUACCUGUCCGAUAUGUUUGGAAUCGAUUUUUCACCAGCAAGCUGCUUCUACCGUGUGUGGGCACCUGUUCUGCAACCAAUGCAUCCGCCAGGAAAUUCAAAUCCGCAAGAAGUGCCCGAUGUGCAAGCGGUCGCUCAAACGGCACCAGGUUCACCCGAUUUAUUUCAACUAAUGUUUAUUCUUAUAAUAUUCGUAAUCUCUCGAAGACUGUAUUAUUUUAGUGUAUCAUAUUUUAAAUACAUGACGAAGUUGAUCUUUAA